UUAAGAUCGAAAAAGAUUUUGUUAUUCAUUCAUCCAUCGUUCAUAUUUUAUUGAAAUAUGCUUCUUAAGUUAUGUCGAAAUUGCUAGCAUGAUUUGAAAGUUUAUUCCAAAUCACAUAUGCACCACAAGUCUAGAGUAUAGUAUAAUCUUUUCAGACCAGAAACCAUUUUAAUUAACCUUAUAAUUAAUCAUCUUUCUAAAACUAGACUAUGAAUUCCCAAAAUAUAUAAUUCACUAAAUAACUUGCCAGAAUUAGAAUUUAUUCGAUAAUAUAACUAUCAAUAGCCACACGCUGAUCUUUCUACAGUUCCGUAUAGAAAACAGUUUACAAAUCUUUUAAAAAGAAAAGGAACUCCCACUGCAGGUGGAAUAAAUCCUCUUGAAACGACUCCACUUCUGUCUUUUCUUUUCUUUUUAAAAUUUUAUCUUUGGGGCCAUAAUGGCGACUACAUAUUAAAGUUCCAAAAAAUAAAAAUUUUAUCUUCGUGGCUCACAAAUAAACUGCUUCAUCACUUAAUAAAUUGUUGGUACGUACUCCUCUGCUAGCUUCACAUCAUGUUUUUAUUCUGGAAACAUUCAUUUUUUAGAAGAGAAGAAUAAAGAAGUGUUUAAGCAUGGAGAAUGGUUUCACACAUUCAGCAUAAAGUCAUCAAAAAUAUUAGCUACAUCAACACUCUUUAAUGGCAUGUUGUCAAGAACGUGAAUUAGGUGAAUACAAUUGGUCAAAAUUAGCAUAAUGCACCUUUUCAGAAUGUGUAAUCAGUGUCAAACCGGGUUAAGAUUGAAUUUUGCGGUUUCAUUGGUCUAGCGGGAAAUUUUGAUGCCAACCGGACGAAUUAAACCGAACCAAUCGGUUUAUAACUUCGUUGGUCCUUGACACUUAACGUACAGGCUGGUUUUCCUCGUGGUCUGCUGUUUCUUUAACGCUGUACCAAAAAAUAAUUAAAAAAUUAAAAAAAGAGGCAAAAAAAGACAGAAGACGAAGAACACAAAAGCUGAAAUUCCAUUCUUACCCCCUCUCUCUGGAACAUAUCUCUCUCUCGGUCUUUCGUCCAAAGUCUCAAACCUCUGGCGAUGUCGUGUCCCAGAGACUCCAUCACAUACAACGCCACGCGCUGCGCGUGCGGUAUCGGCCAGCUUCUAAACCGGAGCUCAGGAAGCUGCGAGAUCUUCGGAUGGCCGUCGACGAUCUCCACCGACAAAGACAUCAGCUACAAGGGAAUAUCCUUCGCAGAGACGCUAUUCGCCUUCGACAGAAUCAAGAAGUUCACGCAGUCUCAAGCCGUCUUCCUUGAAGCCACGCUCGUUAUGCUUCUCUCGUGGCUAGUCUUUUGCUUCUUCCUCAGAUUCACCAAGCUCGGCGACGGUCGUAACGUCUGGUUCAAUCUCCGUUGGUGGAUUACUAGGCUUGAUGUCUUCUUCUCCACUAGGCAUUGGCUCGAUGAUCAGCAGAUUGUUAAGAAACGCAAGACGGAGCUAGGUGGAAUGUUCUCUGUUGCUAGCUGGAUUGUCUUCAUAGGACUAUUCGCUGCGUUGCUUUACCAAAUCCUAACCAAGAGAACCAUUGAAGUACACAACGUGAGAGCUACUGGUUCUCCAGACCUAAUCUCAUUCGAAAACGAUCUGGAGUUCAACAUCACUGCCGUCUCCGACAUGAGCUGCUCCAACCUACGCGGCAUAGGGAAUGUCCUCACUGGUAAUCCAGGAUUCAGCGACUUAAAAGUAGCUUCUCUGUCAAGUUUUGGGAACUACACUUGUAGGAACACAACUUCAGGACCAACUGUGAACUUCAAGUGCAACAAAUGCCGUCUCGCCAACGACUACAUCUACAUCUCGUGGCAUUUCGUUGACCUUCCAGGUGCCCCUGCAGCUGCCGUUGGGUUUCAGUUUAACUUCACUUCUAAGAACGGAGCUGACAAGAAGAAGCAUGUGAGUUUUGUUAGUGGAACUCUGAGAAACGGGAGUAUACUUGAUGAGAGACCGGUAACUUUCCGUGGGAGUGAAGGGAACAUAUUGAAGUUUAAUCUGUUUCCAAGGAUUUACCAUCAUCUGGGGGAUCUUAAGCUUAUUCAGCCUUUGUUUCACGAGUUUAUCCCUGGCUCGGUUUACCGAGAAACUGCUCAGCUUCAAGCGUCUUUGGGGAGGUCAGCAGAUGGCAUACUCAACACUACACUGUUUAUCAACUAUCUGUCUUCUUAUAUUGUUGAGAUCGACCAUGAGAAUAUACUCGGUCCUGUUAGCUUUCUUGCUGAUCUUGGUGGUUUAUAUUGCAUCAGUAUUGGCAUAUUUUUCUACAUACUAGUGCAGUGUGAGUACAGGAUCAAGAAGCUGCGAAAUGAAGAUACCAUAUUCAGGAGGAUACGGAAGCGUCGUAAAGCUCUUGACCACUGGGAUAAACUGAGAAGAUAUGUUGCAUACACAUACGAUUGCCGGAUAUUGGGUGAUGAUGCCAUCAAAACAACAAAGGUCUCAUCAGCACUCUGUGGCUUAGCUAGACCUUCAACAUCUCCUUCGGAAUGUGGAUCAUCAAGAACAAACAUGCAGCAUUUUAUCAUGUCGGCCAAGAAACCUGGCUUAAGCAUUGAGAAGAAUGUAACUCCACAACCUGCAAGCCUAGAGAUGAGACCUUUGGAUUCAGCUUCUUCCUUGGCUCCUAAUACCUCUAACAAGAAGAGUAUAAGCCAGUCUUCUCAUAGCAAUGGCGAUAUAAUCCCUCCACCUCCUUCAAUGGAGUUCAGUGAAGGCUCUUCUAGCUCAGAAGUGGACGCAGUUGACAUCAAGAAGAAACUACAACUUCUCUAUGACUACAAUGUAUUGCUUAGGGAGAAACUUUUAGACACUCAGUCUUUGCUCAAUGCUUUGGGUGCCAAAGCAUCAUCAUCGUCUUCAACUAAGGAACACAGUACUUAGAAGUUAGAAGAACCACGAGGCCGCCUAACAAAUAUUGUUUGUAUUCUCUUUUGUAACCCCCACAUUACUGCUUGUUGUAUCUCUGUGAAUAUCUCACGUUGCUAGUAGUUAGCAAAAUUUUAUCAUCAUUGAAAUUAACAAGAAAUGGGUUUCAUCA